AUAAUAAACGGAUAACGAACAACGUUUAAUAAUAUUUAUUAAAAACAAAUAAAAUGUUAAAAUAUUCUUUAGUUGUUGCUUUUGUGAUAUUGUGUUGUCUAUCAUGGCGGGUUCAAACAUUUGAAGAAAAUACAAAAUUUUGCAUACGCACGGAGCCCAUGCUUUUAUCGGAUAUUGAAAAGCGUAUAAAACCCAUUGAUGAUAAUACAAAUUGUGAAAUUUUAGCCACCACAUUGACCGUUAAUGAAAAGGAAAGUUUUAUUAACACCAUGUGCAAAGAUCAUGGCAGUUCACAUAAGGAUAUAUAUUAUUAUUUCAAAUUACACAAUGGAGAUUUAGCGGGACGUAGUGAAUAUCAUGAGAUAUGCAAUAGCAAGACCAAUCCUUUACUGGCCUGGAUACCGUAUGAACAAAUGCAAAAACGUUAUGCUCAAGAAUUAAAUCCAAAGGAACGUCAAAACUAUAUAGCCAAAGCCACAGAUGUUCAACGUGAAAAAACCGAACUGUGUUAUUUCCGUCAUACUGAUUUAGUGACCAAUAUUUCCGAUAAUUUAUUCACCUGCGUUGUGAUGAUAUUUGAAGACAAUUUUUAUGGUUUGGAUUCCAAUAUUAAUGUUUUGGUGGAAAUAAAACCUUUAAUGUAUGAGCUGCGUAAUAUAACCUAUUCGCCUUGGGUUAAUUCAACUGUUAGCUAUAAAACCUUAUUGGGUAGAAAGGAAUUGAAAAAUCCCAGCAGUGAAAAGAAACAAAUUUUUGGCAAUUUAAAUUAUGCCUAUGUGGAGAAGAUUGAGUUGAAUUUGAGCUCGGUUUACAGUGAGGAUAUGAUUAAAUUACCCUUGUUGUUUGAACAUAAAAAUGCGGUUCUGGAAUUAGAUGAUAAGGGUAUUGGAGGCAUGGAUGUUAAAGAGAAAGCCUACUUUGGCCGCAAAAUGGAAUCAAAAACCAAAAUAAAAGUUGAUGUCAUUGGCCAGUGGGCCGAACAUCAGCAGCAAUUCACCGCCGAUAUUUACGAAUACUUUGGUUAUGGCAUUAAACGUUUCCGCAACGAAAUGCAAAAUGGCACCGUAACAUUUGUACGCAUCGAAAGUACCGAACCGGUCUACGAAAUGCCCGAAAAAGAUGAUAUUGUUGUGGCAAAAAUACAUUCGCUGGGUGGUAAAAAAUUUGAACGUCUGACCGCCGAAGAGGACAGUUUUGGCUUGGAUAAUAACGAUACACUGGCUUUAAAUGAAUUUGAAGAAACCUGGGAAGAUGAAGAGAACCAAUCUGGUAAUCAGCCAUAUCCGGGAUUUUAUCCCUGGUUUAUUGUGGCUGUUCUUGUGGUAGCGGGCGUAAUUUUGGCUGCAAUUUAUGGUGUAGUGCGUAAUUGUAGCAAGAAAGAGCAGAGGCAAAAUUAUAAAUUUACUGGUAUUUAAGAAGAAAAAUUAAAUAAUAAUAUA